AUGGCGCAAGUUCCUGACAAUGAUAGCAGUGAAGAGACGAAUUCCAGGUUCCACACGACGUUGUACGUAGGGGAUCUUGACGAGACCAUCGACGAGAGCCAGCUCUUUAUUAUCUUCGAUCAUGUUGCAAAAGUCGUUUCCGUUCGAAUUUGCCGCGACUACGCAACUGGGAAGUCCCUUGGUUACGCCUACGUGACUUACAGUAGCCGUUACAAUGCCGCUAAAGCAAUAAAAGAGCUAAAUUUCGUUUCGGUGAAUGGCAAAACCAUUAGGGUAACGUAUUCUAAUCGGGACCCCAGUGUUCGUAAGAGUGGUAGAGCUAACCUUUAUGUAAAGAAUUUGGCUCCGUCAAUCUAUCACAAGGCUCUAUACGAUCUCUGUUCGUCUUUUGGGAAUAUUCUAUCUUGCACGGUUGCAACGGAUGCUUCUGGCCAGUCUAAAGGUUAUGGUUUUGUGCAGUUUGAGAGCGAAGCAUCUGCAAAAGAAGCGAUUGAAAAGUUAAACGGCACGCUGCUCAAAGAUAAAAAGAUCUAUAUGGGUCCUUUCGUGUCAAAGCAGGACAGAGUGAAUAGUGACGCAAGCUUUUCAAAUGUUUAUGUUAAAAACCUGUCAGACACAAUAACGGAUGCUGAGUUGCAGAAUAUUUUCGGAGAAUAUGGUGAUAUUACAAGUGCUGUAGUGAUGAGACAUACAGAUGGUAGAUCAAAAGGUUUUGGUUUUGUGAAUUUUGCAAAUGCAGACAAUGCUGCUAGAGCUCGGGACGGUCUUGAUGGACAGACCUAUCAUGGUAAGACUUGGUGUGUUAGAAGAGCCCAGAAAAAAACUGAAAGGGAGCGUGAACUGACAGAGCAAUAUGACCAGAAUAGGGGGAUUUUCUCUCCUAGGCAAGGUAGAAACUUGUAUAUAAAGAACUUGGACAAUAGGAUUGAUGAUGACACUCUUAAGAAAAUUUUCUGUGAGUUUGGUAUAAUAAUCUCAGCCAAGGUUAUGAGAGAUGCAAAUGGAAGAAGUAAAGGAGUUGGAUUUGUUGCAUACUCAAGUCGGGAGGCAGCAAAUCAGGCUAUUGUGUUGAUGCAUGGUCGAGUAGUUGCAGGAAAACGUCUAUAUGUUGCCUUUGCACAGAAAAGGGCAGAGAGAAGAGCAAUGUUAGAGGCACAUUUUUCACAAAAUAGGGCUGCUCCACCAGCACCUUUUCCUGAACCUCAAUUUCCAAUGUAUCCUAUACGGGCUCCUGCGCUAGGAUCACGAAAUUUAAAUAGCCAAACACAUCAAACUUUAAUAUCACAAGAAGAACUUGAUUACCACCUGCAGAAUCUUCCUCGCUUAGAGAUGGCAACUGGUCCUCCAUUUUCAUUCUUAAUGCCUCAGCGUGGACCCCCGCGGCCAAGAGGACACCGACCACCAGGUCUUGGGCAACCGCUCGUGUCACACCAGCAGACGAUUCCACGGGGAAAUUUUUUUCAAGGUCCUCGUCGUCCCAACGUGCAAAAUAGUGAAAUGGUCCCCUUUAACCUUGGUCAGCCAGUGCCACCUCAGACCUUGGCAUCAGCCGUUGCCAAUGCUCCUCCUGUAGAACAGAGGAAUGUGCUUGGUGAAAUUUUAUUCCCGUUAGUACAAAGGCUGGUGCAUAAUGCAGCACCAAAGGUUACUGGUAUGCUUUUAGAGCUGGACCAGGCUGAGGUGUUACAUAUGAUUCAGUCAGCAAAUGCUCUGGAGGAAAAGGUUGCGGAGGCCAUCGCUGUACUGAGACGACAUGCAGAAGAGCGAUCAAACAGGCGCUGA